CUGGCGGGAUCCGUACCUUCAGUCGUCCUGGGCUCUGCUUGAGCCUCUCAAAUCCUGUUUUGUGUGACGUCAUCCGUUGCUCAAGUUUCAAGACAUUCUGGAGCUGCGGAGGGCGUGGAAGAGGACUUUUGGUGCAGGCCUCAAGCCCCGCAGGUCAGCCUAGUCCUUUAAAAGCACCUGGCACGAGUACGGAUCCCGAGACCACAGUGAUUUGUGAUUCCUAUCGAAGAGAGCAACAGGGGAGUGGUUCAAACCUCGCUGCUGACUGGGAACAGACCUUGUAGACGAGCCCUUGUUACAAUCAAAACCGUCCGCCUUCCAACCGCAAGUUUUAACCUCUGUAAGGUUCGAGCCGGAUCCAUGGCGGCGGAGCAUCUGCCAGCAGAGAGAGCACAGUCGCUCCUUUCUGCCCUGCAGCACGAGGAAGAGCCGCAGAAACCCAACUAUGCUCUCAGACAUACCCUUGCAGGGCACUCGGCGGCCGUAUCAUCAGUUAAAUUUAGUCCUAAUGGCGAAUGGCUAGCAAGUUCUGCAGCUGAUGCACUAAUUAUAAUUUGGGGAGCUUAUGAUGGGAAAUGUAAGAAAACACUCUGCGGUCAUAGACUGGAAAUAUCAGAUGUUUCCUGGUCUUCAGAUUCUAGUCGUCUCGUUUCAGCCUCAGACGAUAAGACUCUAAAGGUAUGGGAUAUGAAAUCUGGAAAAUGUUUGAAAACACUGAAGGGGCACAGCGAUUUCGUCUUCUGCUGUGAUUUCAAUCCACCAUCCAACCUCAUCGUUUCAGGAUCUUUUGAUGAGAGUGUGAAAAUAUGGGAAGUGAAAACCGGAAAGUGCCUCAAGACUUUGUCUGCUCAUUCGGACCCCAUUUCUGCCGUAAAUUUUAAUUGUAAUGGAUCCUUGAUAGUGUCCGGGAGCUAUGAUGGUCUUUGCAGAAUUUGGGAUGCUGCAUCAGGCCAGUGUUUAAGAACACUUGCUGAUGAAGGUAACCCUCCAGUGUCUUUUGUAAAAUUUUCUCCAAAUGGUAAAUACAUUCUCACUGCAACUUUGGACAAUACUCUUAAACUGUGGGAUUACAGCAGGGGCAGAUGCCUGAAGACAUACACUGGUCACAAGAAUGAGAAAUACUGUAUAUUUGCCAAUUUCUCUGUUACUGGUAGAAAGUGGGUUGUGUCUGGUUCAGAGGACAACAUGGUUUACAUCUGGAACCUUCAGACUAAAGAGAUUGUACAGAGGUUACAAGGUCACACAGAUGUUGUGAUCUCAGCAGCCUGUCACCCUACAGAAAACAUCAUUGCAUCAGCAGCAUUAGAAAAUGACAAGACAAUUAAAGUGUGGUCGAGUGACUGCUGAAGCCUGGCAGGCGAUGAGGAAAGCCAAGUUAGACAAAAUCCAAAGGAUAGUCUCUCUGGAAUCCAGCAAAGCUAAACAAAUUGUCCUUGUUUGAGUCUGAGACAUUUUAAUUUGCAAAAUGAAACCCCUAUAAAAACAAGUGUAGGACCCA